ACAGUGUGUUCAGAACGUUCAGCGGUUGUGGACGCGUUUUGAAAAACUCGCUGAAUUUUCUUCAAACUUGAUAAUUUUUGGUGUUUAUCCAACACUCUGGAUGAUCUCCAGGUUGUUUUUCCGUGCUCGUAAUCACAUUCGUUAGAGCAGCAUUAAGAGAGCUAAGCUGAAGGUUUCCUUAAUCCUUCCGAUAAGGACUUAUCGAUGAUUUUUGUGCUUUCGUCUAUCUUGAGUGAUUUUUCGAUGUUGAUUAAAAAAAAAUAAGAGCGAGAGUAAAGUUCUCUCCAACCAAACACCUUUUCAGUGAGGUGAAAAGCGUGAUAAUGGACUCGUAGCCAAAAGAUAUUAUUUGGUUGUUUGAGAAAAAACUGUGUGUAUUCAAUGCGCGGAGUUUAUUGAAUGUUUCAAAAAAUCCAUCCAUCUUUCGUCUUUGGACUUGAUACGAAAACGAAGAAGAUCUUCCACAUACCAAAUAUUUAUUCAUUUUGUUAUUUAUGACAUGAAAACAUAUGUAUAGCUGAGGAUUAGGCGAGUGCGUGGUUCUUUCUUCCCUACUGGAAGUUACGUUAUUGCAAACAGAGGGGAAGAGUACGCGAGAUCAUCAGUCCUCCGCACCAGACGGAAAUAAAGAACUCACACACAAUGGUGACACAUAGCACGCGGAUGCUAAUGAGGAGUUGCCUUCUUGUGCUGCUAAUUUCCCUGGCAUGUGCCGCACAUGCCAAUCCAGAUAUCUCGAUGCGCACAUGUGAACCCAUUCGAAUUGAAUUGUGCCGCGGAAUUGGCUACAAUGAGACCUCAAUGCCCAAUUUGGUGGGGCACGAAGUCCAGACGGACGUGGAUUUCACCCUGCAGACGUUCUCGCCGCUCAUCCAGUAUGGUUGCAGUGCACAACUUCACUUCUUCCUCUGUGCCGCCUACGUGCCGAUGUGCACACCCAAAGUUCCCGUCCCAAUUGGACCCUGUCGUGGUCUAUGCGAGACAACCCGAGCUCGAUGCCUGCCCGUCCUGCAGGGUUUUGGCUUUCCCUGGCCCAGCGCCUUGGAGUGCAGCCGAUUCCCCGAGGAGAACAACCACGAGCACAUGUGCAUGGAAGGACCAGGAGAACCAAGUGAUGGUCUCCCCCCACCAACGUCCAAAAUCAAAUCACACGUCUCCAAUUGCCAGGAUCUUGUCAAGUCGCAUCUCUAUGCCAGGCUCAAUCGCAGUGGAAGAUGUGCUCCACUCUGUGAGGCAGAUAUUAUGUUCGAUGCCCAGGAGAAGCAUCUUGCAGAGGUGUGGGUAACAGCCUGGAGUGUAGCAGCACUCCUGACGGCCAUUGUUGCCACACUAUGCCUCAUCUUUACGGACACUAAAUGGGACAAGAUCUUCAUGCCACUCGUCACGUGCCAUUUACUUGUGGCCGUUGGCUGGAGUGUGCGCUGGCUGGCGAAACGCAACCCAACAGCCUGUGGGUAUGAUCCUCAACUUCCAGGAGUGUCUCUCCUGCUCACCGAUGGACUCUCUAAUGCCCCAUGUGCAGGCACCUUCCUUCUUCGCUACUAUUUCGGCAUGGCAGCUGGAGUUUGGUGGGCAAUUUUGUGCUUCUACUGGCAUUUAGCAGUUCGAAGGACCCGUAUGGAGAACCUGACUGAACGCCCUGGACAGCUAAAGUUUAGGACUGAUUCUUAUUCAUCAUUGACUCAACUAACAGCUUGGGGCGUGCCAGCACUUCAAACUGUUGCUGUUCUUGUAUCGAGAUAUGUGGAUGCUGAUGAAUUGUUGGGUGCUUGCUACGUUGGCAAUCAAUCGGACCGGGCGCUGCGUCUCCUCGUGGCUAUGCCAUUGUUCUGCUGCUGGUGCUCUGGCUCCGUAAACCUCUUCGUGGGGUACCUCAUGAGGCGACGAAAGCCAGAAAUCCCGCCGUUGCGCCCAAUGCCGGAGCACAUGGACGGCAUGGGGAGAUUCCUCUUUGUCUACUGCAUCCCCAGUGGGCUCCUCAUGAUUGCUGUUUUCUACGAAUUUGCCAAUCGGGACCUCUGGCUCAAUGUGCAACCAUCAAUGGAGCCCGCAGCGGCCAUCAAGGCACCCAUGUGGCCAUUCAUGAUGAAAGCUUUUAUGGAACUCCUUUUGGGUGUCUUGGCAUCUGCAUGGGCAUUGGGGCCACGUGCUGUGACAAUGUGGAAGAAUCGCUUUGGGAAGAAGUGCAAGCAGACACCACAGAAAUUCCCAGCAGCUCAGCCCAUCUAUCCAGCUGCAUCCUAUCAAAUUGUCUGCCCGCAGAACUCGAUGGUGUCCUCGAUGACCGGGAGUCUACCUCGGCAUCCACGGAAGUACCCAUCGCACGCCCUCCGGAAGCAUCAGCGGAUGUACAAGACUUCUGUGUCACAGACACGCAGCCUAACUGGCAAUGAGACAGUCUUCUGAUUCACCCCCGGUCCACCGUGUGACUGCUCUUCUUGUGAUACCGCCCCCAUGGAGUCUCCCGGGGCAUUGAUGAAGAGCAUCCCCGGAAGCUCUGCAAAUUGCCACGAAGGAGGACACCAGAGUCAAUUUUACAGUCAUUAAAUAAUUUAUUUGGACAUCUGAGCUGAAUCCUGCUCAGUAGCGCUUGAACGUACUUAAGAAAUAGGUUCCUGUAUAUAAAUUAGCUUCUAGUUAGCAUCCACCGCCAAAAUGCAUCCAAGCACUGUUCGGAAGCUGCAAAAAGCCAUCCAAAAUGUACUCACAGUGAACAAAAAGGACUGCAAAAUGUACUUAGAUAGCUUUUAGUCUACCCUAGAGCUCAUUGAGGGCCUAGAUGUAUUUAUUUGUUAACAAUAGGCCGUAGAUUUAGGCGCUGAGAGAGAAUAUUUUAGCAAUAAGGAGAAAUUGCUGUUUUAUUGUAUUUUCCGCAUAAAUGACUUCAAUUUAAUAGUGCCAUUGUAUGUUACAUUAAGUAAUGUAUUUAAUUGUGAUAUUAUAUUAAUAUCUGAUUAAUAAAAGAUAAUUAAUAGUCAA